AUGCGGGCGAUACCGAAAUGGGUUGAAAAGAUCCACGAUUCCGCCGAGAAAAAUGAUGUCGCAAGCAUCCAUUCGAUCUGCUAUCACCCGGAGGGAUUGCAGCUGGUGGUGGGUGCUGGUGACAAGGUGCUGGUGUACGAUCCGAUCGACGGCAAUCUGAUCAGCUCACUGAAGGGCCACAAGGACACGGUUUACUGUGUAGCGUACGCGAAAGAUGGCAAGAAGUUUGCAUCGGGAAGUGCCGACAAAACGGUCAUCAUUUGGACGCUGAAACUGGAAGGAUUGCUCAAAUUUUCUCACAACGAUUCGGUCCAGUGCCUUGCGUUCAAUCCGAUCUCUCACCAGCUUGCCUCGUGUGCCGUAUCGGACUUUUCAUUCUGGUCAUCCGAGCAAAAGGCGGUCCAAAAGUACAAAUCUCCGGCCCGCAUCAAUGCGUGCGCCUGGACAAACGAUGGACAGUACAUUGCGCUCGGGCUGGCAAAUGGAACGAUUUCGAUACGCAACAAGGCGGGCGAGGAGAAGAUCAAGAUCGAUCGACCGGGAGGAGUCAAUAGCCCGGUGUUUGGUGUUGCCUGGAACCCCCCGGCUACGUCCGGUUCAUCGGACAUCCUUUGCGUGAUCGAUUGGAGUCAAAUACUGUCGUUCUACUCGCUCGGUGGUCAGAUGAUCGGCAAGGAGCGUAACUUUGGUUUUGAUCCACUCUGCUUGAGUUUUUUCCCCAACGGAGAGUUUCUGAUCGUGGCCGGUUGUAACAAAGCGCUGCAGCUCUUCACCCGUGACGGAAUUCGACUGGGAAUGCUAGGAGAGCAGUACGACUCGUGGAUCUGGACUGCGGUCGUUCAUCCGGCCGGGACCUGUGUGGUGGUUGGCUGUCAGGAUGGGACGCUCGGGUGCUACAAUUUGGCCUUCAACACGGUGCACGCACUCUACCGGGAACGCUAUGCGUUCCGAGAGAACAUGUGCGACGUGAUCAUCCAGCACUUGGUGUCGGGCCAAAAGGUACGAAUCAAGUGCCGCGAUCUCGUACACAAGAUCGCCAUCUAUCGGAACCGGUUAGCGGUGCAACUGCCCGAGCGGGUUGUUCUUUACGAAUUGAGCUCCGCCGAAAACCAACCGAUGCACUACAAGGUGCGAGAAAAGAUUGCGAAAAAAUUCGAGUGCAGCCUGUUGGUCGUGUGCGCACAGCACCUGGUGCUGUGCCAGGAGAAGAAGCUGCAGAGCCUCGACUUUGCCGGGCUGCUGCAGCGCGAAUGGCUGAUGGAUAGUUUCAUACGCUACAUCAAGGUUACGGGCGGACCGGCUGGCCGCGAGGGACUGUUGCUCGGCCUGAAGAGUGGUCAAGUGUGGCGAAUCUUUCUGGACAACUCGCUCCCAAUUCUGGUCACGACCGUACUGUCGUCCGUGCGGUGUCUCGAUCUGAACGCAACGCGGACCAAGCUAGCGGUGGUGGACGAUGCGGGCCGGCUAGUGGUGCGGGAUCUAAUUCAGGAUACGAUGCUGUACCAAGAUUCGAGCGUUAAUUCGGUCGCUUGGAACACACAUCUCGAGUCGAUGCUGUGUUAUUCGCACACGACGGGCGGGCUAAGUGUUCGCGUUGGAACCCUGCCACCUCGUAGCCCCCAGACGAUGCUCGGUGUUGUCGUCGGUUUGUGUGGAGCCACCGCUUUCUGCCUGCGAGGAAACGUGAUGAGCAACGUCCCACUCGCACUCGGUGCUACGAUGUGGCAGUUUGUCGAGGCCGGAAUGUUCGACGACGCAUAUCAGGUGGCCUGUCUCGGUGUGCCCCUGUCUGACUGGGAAGGCCUGGCCCAAGCUGCGCUCGAUGCACUGGACUUUCAGAUCGCUCGUGACGCGUACGUGAAGGUGCGUAACCUUCCGUGGCUCGAACUGAUCGGAGAGCUGCGUGAACGUCAGAAGCGGGGCGAAACGUCGAAGGAGGUGCUGUUGGCGGAAGCGUACUCCUUCGCCGGCCGCUUCAAGGAAGCAGCCCGUCUCUAUCAGAAGGCUGGCAGCAACGGUAAAGCGCUCGCAAUGUACAGCGAUCUGCGGAUGUUCGAUUUGGCGCAGGAAUUCCUGAAAGAAGGCAGCGCAGCGGAUAAAAAGGAGCUGAUCCGUCGACGGGCCGAGUGGGCCUGCUCGGUGCAUGAACCGCGGGCCGCUGCCGAGCUGCUACUGUCUGCUGGAGAAGCAGAACGGGCCAUUGAAAUCGUGGCCGAACAGGGUUGGCCCGAUGUUCUGCUCGACAUUGGCCGACGUCUUGCGGCAACGGAGAGAAAACCGCUCGAACUGAUUGCAGGCCACUUGCGCCGUUUGAAAGCGCUUCCCUUGGCGGCGGAAAUAUAUCGCAAGCUGGGCGAAGAGGAACAAGUGGUACAGCUGCACGUCGAAGCGCGCGAUUGGCCGGAAGCGUUCCGAUUGGCCGAGCAUCUGCCAAAGGUGUUGCCCGCGAUCCACUUCCAGCACGCCCAAUGGCUAGCCGAAUCGGAUCAGUUUAUUUCCGCACACGAAGCGUACAUUCUGGCGGGUCGACCCCAUGAAGCAACGAAGCUGUUGCGGAAUCUGGUCGAGUGUGCCGUCUCGGAAGAACGAUAUCUUGAUGCUGGCUAUUACACAUUGCUGAGGGCCAAACAGGCCCUAAAGAUGCUCGUCGGUACUACCGAGCAGGAGACGACCGUUCCGGAUGGUCCUGCCGUCGAGGAGUAUCGUUCGUUGUUGAAGCUUUCGUCCAUCUACUAUGCGUACAAUACUAUCAAUUCGUACCUGAAGGAACCGUUCACCAGUAGCCCACCGUUGACUCUGUUCAACACCAGCCGUUUCGUCGUGAACCAAAUAAAUGGGACCAACGCCCCGAAGGGCAUCAGUUUGUUUGCCGUCUAUUAUACGCUGUCGAAACAGGCCAAGGUGCUUGGGGCCAAUAAACUGCACCUGCAGAUCAACAACAAGCUGCAAUCGUUGAAAGUUCCGGCCGGCAUUCAGGAACAGGUGGACAUUAGCUACAUCACUAGCCGGGCCUGCCCGGGAGGGUUUAACGAUCCCGAGGAGCUGUUGCCGAUGUGCUACAAGUGCUCGAACUACAGCCCACAUCUGCACGGCAACCGGUGUCCGAACUGUCAGCAGGAGUACGUUUUCUCGUACGUAUCCUUCGAGAUUCUGCCGCUGGCCGAGUUUGUCCCCGAGCGCGACAUUAGCGAGCAAGAUGCCGAAAGACUUUUACUGGCACCUCCGAAACCGGUGGCCGAUGGUCAGCAGGAUCAGUUUAUACAGGAAGACAUUAUUGAUACCUAUCCGUCGACGCUUGAUCGUGAUGCACUGCGGGCGAUCGACCCACGGGAAGUGAUCAUCGUGCGCGGUCCGGCGCCACUUUCAACGCGCUACUACCGCAACCUGCUGCCCGAGUUGCAGAUCACCGUGUGCUCGGAGUGCAAUCAGGUGUUUCACUCGGAGGACUUUGAGCUGCAGUUUCUGCAGAAAGGCUACUGUCCGUUCUGCCGAACGGCCGAAGAAAGUCUUAUGAAUUAGUGUUUACGGAUCUCAUUGUUGUGUGUGUGUGAAAGAAAUCA